AUGCUUCCUUCAAACCUGCUUCCUCCCAACCCCCUUUCUCCCAACCUGCUUCCUCCCAACCUACUUCUCCCAUCCUGCUUUCCAAACUAUCAACGAGAUGGCGACGAAAAGCUAUCCGAAGCUGGUGCGGCUGCUCUUCAGAAACCGCCCUGCUUCCACCCACCCCGCUUCCCUCGGCUCUGCUUCCUCCCCCCACCACCCCCCCGGCAGAUCAACGAGAUGGCGACCAAGAGCCAUCCGAACCUGGUGAGGCUGCUGGGGUACUGCUUUGACAUGAGCUACGAGGCGGAGCGCAUGGAGCAGAUCGUGGUCUAUGAGUUCAUGGCCAACGGCGACCUCGACCGCUGGAUCGGACCUGAUGCACCCCACCCGCUCACAAUGCAGCAACGACUGGGCAUCCUGACGGGCAUGGCGCGGGGGCUGGAGUAUCUGCACGGCUUCAGCAUCGUGCAUCGCGACAUCAAGCCCGCCAACGUGCUGCUGGACGCGCGCAUGCACGCCAAGCUCGCUGACUUUGGGCUGGUGCGACUUGGGGAAGGUACAUCUGUGGCCGCUACCCGAGUCAUGGGCACGCCGGGCUAUGUGGACCCCGCUUACUACCGCUCCCACAAGGCCACUCCCAAGGCCGACGUGCACAGCUUUGGAGUGGUGAUGCUGGCGGUGAUCACGGCUCGCAAGGCCAUCUACAACAUCGAGUCAAACCAAGUCAACCUCAAGCAAUGGGCAGCAUCGCUGGUGGCAGCAGGGGACGUGGCGGCACUAAAGGACCCGCACCUGCAAGCACCGGACGACCUGGUGCUGCGCAUGGCACGCCUGGCGCUCACCUGCACCGCCAUGCCCACGGCGUCUCGCCCGGGCAUGAGCCGUGUGCUGGCAGAGCUGCUGCUGCUCAAGGAGGAGUUCUUCGGGGAGGACGAGGACCGCAUGGCUGUUAGGAUUGACCACGAGAUCGAGAGCUCCGAGCAGGUCGACUUCAGCUUGGAGCUGGCUCGUCUUCAGGGGGUUCAGCAUGGUAGUUAG